AUUGUUCUGGGACGAGGAAAUAGUGUGAGACGUCUGUCAGUAUUGCCACAAAGACCUGUUCUACCCCCACGCGGAUUCCUCUCCCUCUUCAACUGGGACUAGACUCACGGCAGAUCUGACUUGUGCCGGUGCAAAGUGUGAAACAGUCGUAUAAUACGGGGAAGAGCCAUGCGGUGCUCAGCUUUUAUACGGAUUGUAGUGGUUCUACUUACCCUGCUCACAACCUGGUAUUUUGCUGAAAAAUUUUAUUCCAACAAAGUAGAUAUGAAGAGUCUGAGGAGUAUGUUUGAUAAUAAAGCUGAAGAGGCGCCAAAAAAGAAGAAAGUCAAGUUCAGCUGUGGGAAUGAAAAACCCUGCCCAGACGGUUACUUUGCGUUUCAAAUUAUUAGCGGUGCAGCCAAUGUGGUGGGACCAUCUAUUUGCUUUGACAACACUAUUAUAAUGAGCAGUGUUAAAAAUAACAUUGGCCGAGGACUGAACAUUGCACUAAUAAACGCUUCCACUGGGGCUCUGAUCAAAACGAAUGCAUUUGAUAUGUAUUCAGGAGAUGUGAAACCUCUGCUGGAAUUUAUAAAGCCUGUGAAGGAUGGGACACUGGUGUUUGUUGCAUCUUAUGAUGAUCCAGGUACAAAGUUAAAUGAUGAAGCCAGGUCUAUAUUCACUGAUUUUGGGAGCAGUUAUGCAAAGAAAGUACGUUUCCGAGACGGCUGGAUCUUCGUGGGAGGAAAAGGGAUAAAUGCCAAAAGCCCAUUUGAACAGCACAUCAAGAACAACAAGGAGACAAACAAAUAUGAUGGAUGGCCGGAGGUGCUGGAAAUGGAAGGCUGUAUUCCCAAGAAAUCAAACUAAAGACACAGUCUCCUGCCCCACUUGCUCCCAUAGCAGAUCCAGUCAUCACAAUAUCCAAGGCCGCUGAACAAACUGUUAUCAAACACUGGUACUUGGCUUGUAACAAUGAAACAAGCCUAAAGCACAGACAAGACCUGUCUCUUCUCCCAACCAGGGACUGCAUAGACUUUAUUUAGUGUUGCCUUUAGUAUGUACUGGGAACACCGGAGCUGGAAUGUAAUUAGGGAUGAAUGAAGUCAACAGACGAGAGAGACCAAAGAGACUAAAGAGAAAAAGGAUGACUAUGAAUGAUAUAUUCCUGUCUUUAUUAUAAUUGGCACAGCGUGGCACAGGAGCUCGCAAUCUCUUGCUAAAGGGGUUUAGAAUCUGGGGUUCCGGCACCAGAAGAUACUGUGAAUUGAACUUGCCCCUGUAAAUGUUCUGCUAAUUAUUUGCAUUGAUCGCUGGUUAUUUCCCUUGCCAUUCAGAGACAUCACUGUUUGCCCAGUGAACAUAUAUAUAUAUAUAUAUAUUGUAUUUAAUAUGUGGGAAUCAGGGGGGCACCAGUCACGAGGCAUUUCCCCGCAAGGGGCAUCAAAAAGCUGCUCCUGGUAACUUUAAGAGCCAAAUUUCUGAGUUUUAAACCGGACAUUUGGCUCUUGUAGUGCAUGAGAGCGCAGUUACUCGGGGGAUGGCAUCUCAGGACCUGCCUUAGGGCGGCUUAAUCCUCCCUGGUGGGAAUUGUGGUUGUUAUUGGUAAUAAUAACAUAAUUAGGGGAUUAGGACACAAAAUUGGCGUGUUCAAAAAAUCUUUUUGUCCCUCUUUCUGUUUCCAAAAUGUUGGGAUGUAUAGUUCUUCAGAGUAGAGAAAAUGACCUGUGUGCCGCCUUAGGUACCAUACCAGUAUAGAUUGUAGGACUAAAGCAUUCCAUGCAGUGGUGUAACUAGAUAUUACUGGGCCCCACAGCAAAUUAUUUUUUAUGCCCCCAUAAUAUAUUUCUAGAGGCUUUUUACUAAUAUUUAUUGAACUUGUAUAUGAAUUGCAGUGUCAAGGGGCCCCUAUACCUCCUGGGGCCCCCUGCAGCCGCAGGGUCUGCUUCCUCUGUAGUUACACCCCUGAUUCCAUGAGUUCAUUUAUUUCUUCUUAUUUAUCUUCUGGUGUCUAUAGUGUUGGACUGUGCCACUGGAAUAAAAUAAAAUAAACCCCGUGUUAGAGUGCCCUUUAGCUCUUAAACAUUUGGCUUAUAUCAUAGUCAUUGACUAUUUCUGUAUUAAAACAAAGAGGCAAGAUGGAAGGGUACAAUGUGAGAUGCAAAAUAAAAAAAACUAAAAGAAUAAAUUAAAAGAAUAAAAAAAAAAA